AUGGCCUUCGCCGCCGGGGAGAGCGCGGGCUCGGGGCGCAGGCGGCCGCCGCGGCACCGGGCGCUGCGCGGGCUGCUGCUGCUCUGCCUGUGGCUGCCGAGCGGCGGCGCGGCCGGGCCGCCAUCCGCGCCGCUGUCCGAACUGCACGCGCAGCUGUCGGGAGUGGAGCAACUGCUGGAGGAGUUCCGGCGGCAGCUGCAGCAGGAGCGGCCGCAGGAGGAGCUGGAGCUGGAGCUGCGCGCGGGCGGCGGUCCCCAGGAGGGCUGCCCGGGCCCGGGCGGCGGCGGCGGCUACAGCGCCAUGCCGGACGCCAUCAUCCGCACCAAGGACUCCCUCGCGGCCGGCGCCAGCUUCCUGACCGCGCCGGCGGCCGUGCGGGACUGGCGGCAGUGCGUGGCGGCCUGCUGCUCGGAGCCGCGCUGCUCCGUGGCCGUGGUGGAGCUGCCCCGGCGGCCCGCGCCCCCCGCCGCCGCGCUCGGCUGCUACCUCUUCAACUGCACCGCCCGCGGCCGCAGCGUUUGCAAGUUCGCGCUGCACCGCGGCUACAGCAGCUACAGCCUGAGCCGCGCCCUGCAGGGCGCGCAGGAAGACCCGGACGCCUCGCCUCCCAAGGAAAAGGAUGAGCCUCCACUCAGCAAGGCUGGACAGGAUGUGGUUUUGCACCUGCCUACAGAUGGAGUGGUUUUGGAUGGCCGUGAGAGCACAGACGACCAUGCCAUAGUCCAGUAUGAGUGGACAAUGUUGCUGGGUGACCCAUCAGUGGACAUGAAGGUACCUCAGUCGGGAACCCUGAAGCUGUCCCACUUACGGGAAGGAACAUAUACCUUUCAGCUCACUGUGAUGGACACUGCUGGGCAGAGAAGCUCUGACAACGUCUCAGUGACAGUGCUGCCCAUGACCUUCUCCACAGGAGGUGAGAGGAAAGUCCUUCCUUUGCAUUCACAACGGCCGACAGAAACCAGCUACUUACAGAAAGAUGGAUGCUCGAACGUUUGCUCACGCUACCACUUCUCUUGUGAUGACGGCUGCUGCAUUGACAUCAUGCUGGCUUGCGAUGGAGUGGAGCAGUGUCCUGAUGGGUCCGAUGAGGCUUUCUGUCAUAACUUGAGCCUUGACCGGAAGACGGUGACCCACACAGCAACUGCCCAGCCUAGAAUCACAGGACCAAUCAAAGAUGUGGCAGGAGGCUCCUUCUUGGAAAAGUCCCAGAAAGUGACUGUCCCAAACCAGCCACUGGUGGUAUCAAACACAGAGAAGAGGAAUCAUUCCACUUUUUGGGGACCAGAGAGUCAGACUGAUCCUGUGAUGCCAGAUAGUGGUUCCUCAGGGAAGAACAGAAAAGAAAAAAAUUAUAUUUUUGAAUCAAAGAGCGAUCGAGGAGGAGGGGAACACCCAGCCCCAGAAACAGGUGCAGUGCUACCCUUGGCCCUGGGUUUGGCCAUCACGGCUCUGCUGCUUCUCAUGGUCGCUUGCCGACUACGCCUGGUGAAACAGAAACUUAAAAAAGCUCGUCCCAUUACGUCUGAGGAAUCUGACUACCUCAUAAAUGGGAUGUAUCUAUAAAAGUGUCACUUAAAUAGCUGGGGGGCGAGGAUGUUUCACUUUUAACUCAUAUAUAUACUGGGUUCCGGAUAUUUAGAAACCUCUUUGGUUUGAACUGGGCUAAGAAAAAUACUGAAACCCCAGAAAAUUCUGAAAACCCCAAACCUUUGUUUUUAUUUAUUGUAGGAAGAUUUUCUUUGGGAAGUGUGUGAAAUAUUUUGAAAUUUAGAGAGGAGUCCGUCUGAGUAAAGACUCACACAUCGAAUUCUGACUUACGUUAGCUGUCCCUGAAAAUAGUUUGCAGUUAGCCACGGCAGAAAAUUCAGCGAUUCGAGGGGUGGCCUUGGAAUGGCGACGUUAACCCUUUACUUUCUGGAGGCCAACCACGGGCCCCUGGCAACCCGGGGCCUCUUGAUACACGGCUUCCUCUUGUUCUGAGGCCCUCUUGUUCCUCACGCUAAGCUUCCCGUGCUCUCCUUUCUCCUCUCCCCUUCAAAACCUGUCUCUAGGAACGGAUCUCAAGUGAGUUUAUACCUUCAGUGGCAGGAGUAUCUGUAUGGCAGGAGUAUCUGCACUAGAGCCCCAUGAACACGUCAAGGAGGCCUCGGGGAAGGUGAAUGUGAGUUUAUCCCAGGGCCUCUGACAUCAUGUCAUUUAGGGGGCUGCCUCAUCAGGCUUACCUUUGGGUGAGAAAACCCCGACUUUGGAUGACAAAUAGCCGUAACGCGGUCGUGAAGGGAGCUGGGAAAUCCUGGUGGAAGAAGAGGUGGCAGGUCAAACAUUUCAAUACAAACUCAGCUGAGGGCGAAGUGGGAGGAGGACAAUUAGUUCUUUCUUGAAUCUACUCAGCACUGCCUGACGGUCCCGAACACAGCAGCUUUCUUUCUGUAGUCGCUGGUUUUCAACACCAGUCUGUGUUGAUGGAAGAGGAAGAUGCAUUCAAACUGGAAAGCAGAACGCUGAGUGGAUUUGUAGGUGCAGCUUUUGUAAACGUGCCGCGUUUAAGGAUCAGCAGGGUCUUUCAUCCGAUGGGAUUGAGCCGCUUUUCUCCACUAUUUACUCAAUGCUUCAGACGCUGUAACGUGCAAUCAGCUAAUGCCGGGCUUACGUAUUCCCACAGCAUAGAGCGGUCUUGCACAAAUUCGUCUUUGCAGAAAACUGGCCGUCUGGCUUUGCAUCUUUUCCCUGUUAAUCAGUCGGUAGGAUUUUUAAAGGCAAAUUAUUCCCGUCAUCGCUUCAUGCCGGGAUUAUACAUGUCGUGGAAAUCAUUCUCCUUGAGAGGAAUGUGGUGCCUGUCUACACGCACACGAUGUUACCAUUUACAUAUAGUAUGGCUUUUUUCUCGUAAGUGGCAAAUCUUCUAAAAUACUUGAACACAUUGUAGAACACUUUAUUUUCAGACUGAAACUGGGGUAAGUCGUUCCUUUGGCAAAGGGCUUAAUUUGGGUCAGAAAUAUAACGAACCCAUUAAGAAAUGGCAAGUUAGUUCUGGAAAAACAAAGAAAUCGGUUACUUUUAUGUCCUGAGAGGUCCAAGCAUUUUGUUGAAUAUUAAGAAUUGAGCAAAGAUUUCGAUCUCCCCUCCAGGGCAGGUUAGAGAAAGGACAGCACGAGUGACCUGAGGCCCUGUGCGCUCUCUGCGUGAUGCCGUGCAGUGUCCUAGUCCAGAGAAGGACAUCACCUGUAGCCAUACGCGACACAAUAAAAACUGAGGCGUGCAUCUUUCAGCACAUCUUUUAUACGUGAAGAAAUUAAAACACGAUUUAGUAUUGCUAUGGUGUUGAAAGACUUGAGAAAAGAUGUCCAUAUCCACGUGUACGAUAUCCCUUUCCUAAAUUGUAUUUUAUUCUUGUGACUUUAAACAACCAUGUAACCUAAUCAUCAUAAGUUGCUAUUAUUUACUGAGCUGUUCCUGUAUUACCUGGAUUUAAUCCUAUCAACCUUAUCUUGCAAAGGGGGAAAUUAGGAACUAGAGAAGGAGAAUCGGGGGGUCUACAAAAUAUUUGUAUUGUCAGAAGGACUGAAUGGGACUUUUGAAAGUCACCUUAACUGUGAGUAUCUGACUGAAGGCAUUCUGCAUCUAAGAUGAUUUCAAAAUAAUUUUAGAGGGAAGCUUGUCCACGAUUUGCUGCUCAAACGUGUUCGUGUGUCUCACGUCUCUUCCUGAGAAAAGGCCCAUCUGAGCCACCUUCCAGAAAACUCAGAGCUUCUUUCCUCCCGUCUCUACAAGCAGACAACAGCCAGUCUCCAUCCAUCCAGAAGCUUGAAUGCCAGUCACUCGAGUAUCAGGUUUGUUCUCUUCCACAGGAAAAUAACAGAAUGUCUUCAUCUUUCUCCUCCUGACUUUUCAUAAUCUGUGAUUCGGCUCCAUGAUUCGCUUUCACACUUCCCAGCCCUCCUCAGUCACUGAGGGCUGUUUCAUGUUGUCCUUUAUCAUAUUUUCCCGCAACCCAAACGCGGAGAUGCGUAUUUCUAUUUGUUCUUCAGUUUUGCCGUUCAGGGCAGACCUUGCCGAUGAACUAACUGGACUUCCCGUACAUAAACGUAGGACAGUGCGCUGUGCCCCAGGGCACGGGGCCGUCCGGGUCCUCACAACGUGCCGCCUGCAUCACAGUCAUGAUGCUCCGUAACAGCAGCUUCUGGGCCUGGGAUUGUCGCUGGGGGUCUCUUAAGUUACACUGUCCCCAGUUCGAUGUUUGGGGAUUGUACCGUUUUGUUCCUAGCAGAGUGACUCUCAAUUAUUUGUUCUCUUUACUGGACUCUAAGUUUUGUCUAACUGUUGGUGUUAAAACCGAAUGAGGAUCUCUAACGAAAAACUGCCCAAGCCAAAUAGAAAAGCUUAGUUUGCUGUUCACAAAUGUUCACAUCUCCCUGGCUUUUUAAUCAAUUGUGAUGCUGACUUUUUUGGGGGGCACUGGCCCCAUUUUUCCCAGCUCUUUUGUCCUGCUCAAUUCUCUCUAGUAUUCUAAAUAAAGUGCAUAUUUUAUAGCUACUUUAAGAGCAAGCACAGAUUUUGGGGGGGGGGGGGGGUAAAUGUCAAACCGCCAGGGAUGAAAAUACGGUUGGACACACCAAAGCUGGCUGUGUUCAGAAAUGAACUGAGUGGUUAGGACUGAGCCUCCUCCAUUUGCUUCAUUUAGGUCUCCGUGUGUCUUCGUUCCUACUCUUUUGAAUUCUCCCAUCACCUCUGUUUUUAGUCUUUGUUACCUCGCUGUAAAUUGGAAAGAGAUCAACUUACAAUAUCAUUCAGCUUAAAGAUGUUUUUAUACAGUUAUUUCAAAACAUAGGAAACUUCUCAAAACACAUUUUUUUUUAACAUUUCUUUAUUUUUGAGACAGAGAGAGACAGAGCAUGAACGGGGGAGGGGCAGAGAGAGAGGGAGACACAGAAUCAGAAGCAGGCUCCAGGCUCUGAGCCAUCAGCCCAGAGCCUGACGCGGGGCUCGAACUCACGGACCGCGAGAUCGUGACCUGGCUGAAGUCGGACGCUUAACCGACUGAGCCACCCAGGCGCCCCUCAAAACACAUUUUAAAAUGAGUUUAACUUUUACCAAAAAGCUUAAGGAAAAUUGUACUGAGUAUAUGGACUUAAAAAAUAAUUUUUUCGUUUUCAUCAUUUCAUAUGACUGAAGACCCAAAAGUCCAAAAAUAUCAAAAGUCUAUGUUCUCAUAUUUAAACAAAGCAGUUUCACAGAUCAAAACAGAAAUUUGGAAAAAUCUCUAAAUGUGUCAUCUAGAAAUGUGUGUAUAGAAGAAUGAAGAAAUCAGAACCGUGAACUCUACAAUCUGAGAUCAUGCCUUCAAUGUUGUUUGCUGUUGAAGGGGAGCCAAUCUGACACUCCUUUAACACCCCCACCUGUAAUGUCCGACCUGCUUUAUCCAAUUCUGUUCCCUACAAGCUAAUCACAUAAAGGAGCCAAGAUCCCAAAGAAGGGUAGCUCUUUUUCCGCAGAAAAUCUCUAUAAUUGAUUUACAACUGACACGGUCGUGUUCACAUGGAAAUUCUGCAGUCUCUUUCAUCUAUAAUGUAAUUCCCAAGCAAAAUCCUGACAAGAUAAUCACCCCAAAAAGCCUAAAUAAACAGGGUUGGCAAAAAAAAA